CGCAUCUGGGGAGGGUUUCGGCUAUAGUGGUCUUGGUGUGAUGAACUUGGCUGAAUUUCUUCUCACAACAUAACGUUCAUUUCUAUUCAGAAAUUUAAGUUAUCCUUGGGAGUUUAUAUAUAUAUAUUGUUAUUUCUUACUUCAUUUUUUGUAGUUACGUUGAAAGUUCAACGUGAGACAUGGGGAUUCUUCUUAAUAUUUCUCUGACUUUGGUUUUGCUAAGCCUGCUGGGAGCCAACACGCAGGGUUCCCCAAUCAAAGGGAGGUACAUGUGGUUAAGGUGUAGACCAAAUUCAAAGAACGCCAACUGUGUGACAGAGAAGGGUCCAUGGAUAGACCUUCCUGAACCUAACCGUCUUCCAUCAACUGCUGAUAAAAAAACCAAGGACCAAUCUGAUGACGGCUCUGGAACUGGGCAGCCCUUCUCUGAGAUUGGCUCUGGAGACCAGUGGGAGAAGGAUGGACGUGAGCAGGGAGUCUUCCAGCCGGAGGAGGCAAGCACAGACCUGGAUGGCAGCUCAGAGCUUGACUACUCUGACUUUGUAUCCCCACAAAAAGUCUACCUGAAAGAUAACCUGCCUUUAGAUCAGGAUUUGCAGGAGGAAAACCUAAUCCUGUAACUACUCUACUGUAAAGUACCAAUAUCUCCUGCCAGUUUUUUUUUUUUUUUUGAGUGAUAUUAGCUCAUGAACAGUCUUGCUCAGCACUGAAGUUUUUUUCUGCAGUAAUGAAUAAUUCUUAUAUUAAUUAUUCCUGUAAUAUGUGAUGUAAUGCAAAAGCAUAUUGUGCAACUAUGUACAUUUUACACUGAAUGGAUUUCUUUCCAGAUUGUAUGAAGAUGUUUUCCUCUUUGUAUAUUACUCUAAGCAGUUUUCGACUUGGCUCACAUGAAGGUUGAUCCAACUUUAAAGGAUCUUCAAAAUUAAGAUACUUGUCUUGAAAAGCACAAUAAACUUUUCCUUUGUUACA